AUGGCUACAGAAACUGCUGCAUCACAUCAUGUUCCUACCACUGAUGACGAGCAAGUUGAAAAGAAGGUGAGUGAAGAAGAAAAGGCUUUUGAAAAAGAAAAUGUUUCUUUACCGCAAGGAAGUGAAGAAAUAAUCAAAACUGAGGAUGCAGCAAGUCUAGCAACACCAGCUGAGUCUGAAGGUGUUGAUCAUAAGAAGAUUGAGCCUCCUGUAGUUGAGGCCGAGAAGACUAAUGGUGCUCCUGUGCCAGAUGUUAAGGUGGAAAAUGAAUCCAUUCCUGAUUCACAAACACCCGCUAUUCCAAAGCAAGUGGCUGAUGCUGCUGAGAGCCCAAUAGAGGUUAAGACAAACAUUGACUCUGUAGUAGGAGAAGCACCAAAAGAACCAUCAGUAGGUAUCAUUGAAAUAGGCCAAGUGGAGCAACCAGAGAUAGUUGAUGCUCCUCAAUCAUCAGUUGAAGCCGUUGAGAAAACAAAGGAGUCAGUAGCAACAGUCCUAAAAGAGAUUAAAGACUCAGAGCCAGAGCUUGCUAUUGCAAAAGUGGAGGAAAAACCAAAAGACCAAUCUGAAUUUUCUCAAGUAGAGAAAAAACAUGAUGAGGAGCCUGAAGAGCGCAUGCAGGAUGCAACGGUGAAAGAUGAAGGGCCUGUAGCUGACAAGGUUGAGCAUAUCACAUUCUUGGAGCAAGGGAAAAUUGAAACAGUCGAUACACCUAGUCUAGCAGUGGAGGAAGAACCAGAACAACCUAAACUUACAGCAGAAGAGAAGAAAUAUGAUGAAGUUGAGCCUGGGAAAAGUGUGGAGGAUGAAAGAGUAAAAGAUGAAGGAUCUUUGAUUGGUAAGGUUGAGGAGCCCACAUUCCUGGAAGAAGGGAAAACUGAUAAAGACGAUAAGCCUAGUCUAAUCGGAAGUCCAGAAGAGGCUUCACUUAGUCGGGAGGCUCAAAUCAAGCUACAAGAUGAAGGGGAUUCUUCUCUACCUGAAGUCACAGAAAAGAUCACUACUGAGGACCAAAAGAAAGAAUCAAGUGGGGUUGAUGUGGUUGAGAAGCUAGCAGAAGAGGCAGCAGUGGAGACUGAAAAGGUUGGAAAAGAGAACGUGGAGACAGGAAAGGUUGAAAGGGAGAAUGUGGAAACUGAAGAUUCAACUCAACCAAUUAAAGAAGACCAAAAGAAGGAAAUAAGUGGGGUUGAUGUGGUUGAGAAGUUAGCGGAAAAGGCAGUGGAAUUGGACACGGUUGGAGAAAAGGAGGUGGAGACUGAAGAGGAUGUAAAGGAAACUAUAGAGGAUGAAAAGAAAGAAUUAAAUGGGGCUGAUGUAAUUGACAAGCAAACAGAAGAGGCAGAGGUGAAGUUCGAAAAGGUUGAAGGAGAGAAUGUGGCAAAGAAUGUUGAAACUGAAGAUAAUGAAAAGAGGAAUGUUAUAAGUGAGGAUUCAGCUAAACCGAUUAAAGAGGAAGAAAAGAAAGAAGUUGGUGGGGUUGAUGUGGUUGGGAAGCUAGCAGAAGUGGCGGCAGUGAAGUUGGAAAAUGUAGAGAAUGUUAUAAGUGAGGAUUCAAGUCAACCAAUUGAAGAGGAACAAAAGAAAGAAGUGGGUGGGGUUGGUGUGGUUGAGAAGCUAGCAGAAGUGGCAGCAGUAAAGUUGGAACAUGUAGGGGAAGAGAAGGUGGAAAAGAAUGAUGUAAUUGAAGAGAAUGAAAAGAUAAAUGUGAUAACUGAGGAUUCAACUCAACCAAUUCAAGAGGACCUAAUGAAAGAAUUAAGUGGGGUUGAUGUGGUUGAGAAGCUAGCAGGAGAGGCAGUGGUGGAAAUAGAAAAGUCUGGAGAAGAGAAUGAAACAAAGAAUGUGAAACUUGAAGAAAACGAAAACAGAAAUGUGAUUAACGAGGUUUCAACACAACCACUUGAAGAGGAGGUCAAGAGCUCUAUUUCUCCCCCUGAAGUUAUAGAAAAAUCAUUUGAGGAAGCUGAGAAAUAUGUUGAACCUGCAGUGGAAAAUGAAAGAGCAGAACAGAUAAAAGAUGAGACUCCAGCUAAAGUUGAAACCAAGAAAGAUGAGAGUGUGGAGGAAAAGCAAGAUGAAGUUACUAGAGCUGUUGAUGAACCACUUAAAGAUUCCAAGCAAUCUGAGUCAGAAGUAAAGGGAGAGGAUAAAUUGGAGGAAAAGCAGGAUGAAACAGAUGCUGGUAAAUUGGAAAAAGUCGAUGAUGAUGUUGCAAAAUCUAAACAGAAUAUAGAGCCUCCUCCCACCAAGGAUGGUGAUCAAACAAAACCCUCCCAGGACCUGCCAAAAGAAGUUCCAGUUAAGCCCUCUCAGAAACAGUCAAAUACCAUUUUGUCGAAGGUAAAGCAGUCACUGGUGAAGGCAAAGAAGGCAAUCAUUGGGAAAUCUCCAAGCUCCAAAAACCAUGCCUCUGGAACCAAGGAUGAUAUUAAAGUCAAAUAA